AUGAGUAUUUUUAUUCUUCCUCAUAGUGUCACGAAGGAGGUUGAGAAACUUUGUCGCGGUUUCCUUUGGGGUUGGAAUGGGAGUAGAAGUAAACUUCAUGUGGCUUCUUGGGAGAAAGUGUGCCUUCCUAAAACGUAUGGUGGCCUUGGCUUAGAGGAUGGUAUCAAGUGGAAUCAAGCUAUUCUUGCUAAAUAUGUUUGGGCCAUUUCUUCCAAAAGGGAUAUUCUUUGGGUGAAAUGGGUCAAUAAUAUUUAUCUAAAAAGCAAGAAUUGGUGGGAUUAUGAACUCAAGAGUGACACUAGUUGGUAUUGGAGGAAAUUAUGUCAUUUAAGGGACAAAUUCUCUUGUGAAGACAUCAUUAAAGCUAGGACAGGUACAAAGUUUAAAGCUGCUCUGUUAUAUAACAGCAGCAUUUUACAAAGUCCUUUCGAAUACAUCAAGUUUAUCUGGUGUUCCAUUAACAUGCCGAAGCACAGGUUCAUCUUUUGGCAAGCAAUCAACUCUCAACUCCUUUCUCGUGAUAAGUUUGAGCAUUUUCACAUCAAGCUUGACAAUGUUCUAUGCCCGGUUUGUGAGGCUGCACCAGAAAGCAAUGCUCACCUUUUUUUUGAUUGCUGGUUUUCUCAGCAGGUGGUGGAGAAGGUGUGCGGUUGGCUGGGGAUAAAACUCUGGCCGACUGGUUUCCAUAGCUGGAAACAAUGGUUAGUGCUGAAUGAUAGGGACAAAAAGCAUCGGGUUCAUGUGUCAACUAUGGCAGCCAUGAUUUAUUUCAUUUGGAGCAAUAGGAACAACUGCCUCUUUAACAAGUUUUCGAGUACAGCUUCAAAGAUCACACAAGAUAUCAAAGAAACACUGUAUCAUAGAUUACAUGUAGCUAAAGGAAGAAAUUUGAAAGACCAUGAGAAGUGA